CCCAAAACAUCCCAAAACCUCGAUUUCGGCCGCCUGUUUCACGCGCUUCAUGGUUCGUGCGCCCAUGAUAUGCCGCCCCCACCGCGGUGUCCAUGGUCUCGCCGCAUCUCCGCCGCGACCUGCGUUUGCUGGCCAGCGCCUUUGGACGUGCGAGCGUCGGGUCUGGCCUGGAGGAGCUCUUUGAGCCCUUGCUCCGGGAGUCCUCUCAGCGUGCCACGGCCACGCUGGCGCACCUCUGCCGAGAGCUGCACGGCGCGGCGACGGCCGUGUCACGGACGGGUGACCAGCUCGGCGAUGGCAGGAUCAUCCUCAAGCUGGGCGUCUCGCCGGUGACCAACCUGGGCAUUUUCACCGCGACCUCGCUGAAGCGCGGGCAGCUGGCGUGCUUCUACCCCGGGCGCAUCUUCACAGAUGAUCACCUGCCACCAGGUGAUCAGCUCUUUACCAAUGAGUAUGAGGGUGUGCACCUGGACGGCAAGGGAUGGUUUCCAGCAGCGUGGCGCCCCGAUCCUGCGCUGCAAGGCCGUGAGCCAAUCUUGUGGCAUGGGAACCGCUUGGCCGUAGGGAAUCUGCUGAACCACCCGGCCAAAGGCCAGCUGCCCAACGUGGUGCCGAUGAUCUUCCGCUGGCCCAGCUGGGACGAACUCCAUGAAACCAGCCCGGCUUUUUGGGCGCGGCUGAUUCCACACGUGGUGAUGAGCGCUGGCAGGCUGGUACGCACUCCAUCCGGUGAGGUUGGGAAGGAGGCGACCUUUCCUCCAUGGCCUCACUUUGGCAUGGCCUUCUUCGCCUUACGAGGCAUCGCGGAGGGGGAGGAGCUUUUGCUGAACUAUCGACUCUCUGAGCCUUUCCCAGGCUGGUACGUGCCCGUGGACGAUGAUGCUCUUGAAAGAAAUUGUAUCAUGGAGAGCUGACAUCAGCCCAUGAAAUGCCAAGCCCCACAGCAGAGCACAGCUGGUGUUAGAAGCACUGCAACGCGGUGUUGGUGCGGAAAAAGACCGAAACGAACGCUCGUGAGAACGAUGCUGCAAAUACAUUUGUGCGAGGUGCCGAAAAUGGUAUGGGUG